AUGAAUGCUCCAGGCGAGAUUGAAAUCAUUGAAGAUCUUGGGAAUGAGAAUGAAAGCCUACGGAAAGACUUAGCUGAGGUGGAGAAGCAAAGAGAUCGGUUUAUGGAGGAGAUGAUAAGAUGUCGCGAGAAGGCAGCUCGUCUCGAAUCGGACAACGAGAGACUGAAAGUCACCAAUUUCAAUCUAGAACGGUUACUGAGGACCGCUCGACAAGAGAAGGCCAAACUCGCUCGCCCAACCACUACUUCCGACGAAAACAAUGCACUGUCGACGAGCGCAUCAGCCACAGCGGAUUCAGGUGUGAACAAAGACCAAUUCUUCGCCUCGGUUCCAAAGCAGCAAUCACCGCAUGACCCUCAUCAAGUCAAGCAAGAAGAAGUCAUCGACUUGACGCUGGAUGACGAUGCUUCAGACCAGCAGAGCAGUGAGGUACGAAAAAGACCGCAGGCACAUAGCGGGCAACAUGUUGUCCUGGGCACAUCCUCAGCUGACUUCCGCGCUGUCUUGGUAAACGAUGCACCCUCUGUAUCAACCGUAUCGACGUUGGGCGUUCAACGCAGCUCUUCGCCGGCGUCAGUACCGGCCAAGUCUCCUGAGGAGACGAGUAAACUCAUGAACAUACCAACUCAAUCGACGAGACUUCUCGAUGCCGUUCCGCCUGCUCCUACGUCUUCUGUCACGAGUACGGCGACUUUGGUACCGGACAGUCAACGGGCUGCAGAACGAGUCAAGGUGGAAGACGCGGGCUCGGAGGUAGUGGUGGACAGCAUCGUCGCCUAUCCUCCCGUGUUGGACUUUGCAGCCAACCAGACUGCGCAGACACCUACUGAAUUGGUGUCACUUUCAAGAUCCAGUGGGGUGGAGUCUCCCACGCUGACCAAUUCUAAAGUGCCUGAUAAAACUGCAGAUAGCAUGGAAGUGUUGUCGAACGGCAGAAACAGAGCCAGUAAACGACCCAGAGGUGGUUCAAAAAGUCCUGACUCACGCUUCGACCAUGGUUUUGCACCUUCGCUGCCGCGAGAUGCGGUUGCGCUUCAAAGUGAGCCGCCAGAGAGGAAAGGGACGCCUGAGCCUCCGGAUCUGCGGAGUCAUAAGCCAGUCUCUGCGCUUGUGUGUCCUACGACACUGGCUUCGAGCGACGGUGCUCCCGCGGCCAAAAGAGUCAAGGUAGAGGAAGAUAUACAACAUGCAGGCACCGUCAUGUCUUCUGCCAGGCAAAGCAUAGCGGUGAAGAAUAGUAAACAUUCAGCACCUUUGAUGACCCCGAAGGCAGCCACCGUGCACAAGCUUGCUUCAAGCGUUUUGCCAUGCGAUACAGCUCGACUUGCUCCCGAAGCUGCAGGGCCAACUGCGAAAGCCGACCCUUCUGAAGGGAAGAAAUCCAAAGCUGAGGGGGACUCGCGCCCAGAACACCCAACAACAGGAUCUACGUGCUCUUCUUCAAGUAUCCAAUCAUCGCAAUUCCAGUCAUCCGAGGCGAAUGUUGAAGACGCUUCCAUUGCUUACAUGGAGAAGUAUUUGCGGGACGUUAAGACCCUACACGUAAAUCACCGCAAAGCCGACACCGUCUUUGCACUUGCAAAGUUUUCCAAUUUGUGUCCACAUGAAAGCAAGGAAUCCCUACGAACGAUCUAUCCAUGGAAGGACGAACUGCCUCAGACCAAGAGCCGAGGCCGGCUUGCUUCCUGGGAUGCUCUGUUCCUGAAAGCUGAUGACAAUCCCGCGAUGCCCAGGAAACCUGGGAAGCCUGGUCUAUUCUUAUCCCUGCGUCGAGACUUAAAGGAAAACUACGUCUACCCUACAUUCUGCCCCGUGAGUGGACGCAGCAUCCGCAGAUAUCUGGGAGACUAUGUCUUGCGUCACGUUGGCCAGCUCACUCCCACCGAGUUCCGUAGUCUGCGCCCUAAAGUAAAAGAUACGUUCGCGAGGCGCUUUGCAAAGUCGGUCGCGUACCCGGAAUACGAACAUGCGCGGGAGCGUCUAAAAUCAAAACUGGGGUUUAUUAAACAAGACGUCGCCCUGAAAGCUUUUGAGACUAGUGAGGAGGUGAUUCAUGUCUUCGCGAUGGAAUGCCAAAGCUAUGAUGAAGAGUUCGCAACCUCCCUCGCGCCUUUACAAGAUCACCUCAGUGAUCCUGAGGUCAUGACGCAUCACACCAGUGGGCCGGUGGUUCCAACUGAAGGAGGUACACGAGUGGACAUGGCGAAGCGCUUGCAACCGUUCUUACGGAAUCUAUGCAGCGUCGUCGUGAGCGGCGAUAGCAAUGAUAUUUCGCACUCGGACCUCACCCACCUAUGCUUCUGUAAUAAGGACACAGAUAUUUUUACCUAUCGUCCCAAGGGUAAAGCGCUCCCGGGAAACAAGAAUAGAGAUCGCUCUCCAUGGCAGGCAUUAUGCUUGCAAGAUCGUUUCAAUCCAUGGAUGCCUGCUGAGCGAGGAAGUCCCGGUUGUGUACUCAGGCUUGAUCUAGCAUCGGUGCAGGAACAGUCGUACCCGGUGUUCCGCCGCGUCCGAGCAGGCCGUCCAAACAUGUACAGGUACAUGGGCGACUACGUUCUACGUCACGUCAGUGACCUUUCUCCGGCUGAAUUCUAUGGUCUACCGCAUUUCGUGAAAUCAAAGUUGGCGGACCAUCUAGAGAAGAAGAUGAAACGUGGAAUAUCCGAGCAGCAUUAUAGUGUGCGACUAACAACUGCUAUGGAAGCCCUCAGGACGAGAAAGCAGCUCAUCCAUAUUCUAACCAUGGAAUUGCACAAGUUUGAUGAAGAAUUCCAUCAAUCGCUUGUGUGGGAGGAUGGAAAGGAUGUCUCGAAUGACGGAAGUAGUCAAAGUGAUGACCAUGAUACGACUGACGACGAUGGCUCCGAAUAUGAGCCUGGUACUACAAGUUCAGAAGGGGACUUUGAUUAACAUGGCUGGUACCUCUUUGUCGAUGUGUCCUGAGCAGACUAAGUGCUAGAAGUGCUUAAUGAAUGCAAUAAUCCUGCAACUGCGGUCGUUGGUUGCCAGCGAUAAUAA